CGGACAUUUAUGAAGUAACGAUAAGCUUACGUCUUAGGAGAUAGAUUAAUCUAAAAUGCGUGCAAUUUAACAUAUGAUUUCUACAUAGUUGAAAUAGGUUCGAUUGGCUAGGCCCGAAGUCCAAAAAUGUUACAUAAAUUGACUUGAUUCUUGAUAAUUGAAAUACUAUUCCGCCCAAAAGACUUCUGUCUGAUGAAACUGAAGUCGAAAGAAGAUCAGAAACAUUUGCAUCUGAAACUUUCUUGAGCCGUCCCAUUGAUUUAACUUGUGCAGGGAAUAAAGGAGCAGCAUCAACCCAGCUAAUAGAGCUCACGGGAAAUUUCUUCAUUGGGCAAUCCAUCAAUAUCAGAUGAAGCCUAACUGCAGGAGAGUCGCCCCGUGACGCAUCUGGGUUAUAGAAAUGUCACAUGCGUAUUAGGUGUUUGUGAGAAUGACUGUUUGAAAGAUGAGUAUUCAUAGUUGGGUUCUCUGCCUGGGAUCGAGUUAUUUAGCUUAUUUGGUCUUCAUUCCAGCUCUUUUUUCUUUUUUUUUUGGUUGGGUCAAUGAUGAUGUCAAUAAUGAGUAGUAAUUAUCUACUGCUGACUGUAAAUUCUUAGUCUGGCAGUUCAUUGAUCAUUUGUAUCAAUUUCCUAAUCAGUCUACUUUACCAUAUGCACUUCCUUUACGGUUGUCCUUUGGCUUAAAUGUUCAUUAAGUUCAAUUGAGAUUGUUCAUUGAUCAUAUUGACUAGGAAAUCAAUGCACGCAAUAGAAAUUUUGAAGAGUUUUGCAGACCUUGUUUCUGUCCUACGUCUGUAUUUUACGCAUUUCAAUCUACUUCUUCGUCUAAUUCAUAAUAUUCUAAUAUCAAGUAAUUGUUGUCUUUAUAACCUAGUGGUGAUUUUAUUUUCAAAAUUGACUGGAAAUCUCUUUGGCACAUCUAAACUCCUGCAGCUCUUAUAACUGGCUUUGGCCAAAGGGAAACUUUAUUCAUCGUAUUAUCCUGGACUUUUGGUACUGCUAAGAACAUUGGCCGAGUAUUUUACAGAUUAUAAUGUCCUUGCGUAGGCCUCCGCUUCCUCGCCUUGUCCUGAACAAUGUCUCUUGCAUGCGAAAUGCUCAGCAAAUACUUCGUCAUGUAAAUGUUUCUGUUCAUGAUGGUGGUGCACUUGUGCUGACAGGCACCAAUGGCUCAGGCAAAACUACUUUCUUGCGCAUGUUAGCAGGAUUUUCCAAACCAUCAGCAGGUGAGAUACUCUGGAAUGGUCAUGACAUCACAGAAUCUGGCGUUUUCCAUCAGUACAAGCUUCAGCUUAAUUGGCUCUCUCUUAAAGAUGCUAUCAAAGAUAAGUUCACCGUCCUUGACAAUGUUCAGUGGUUUGAAGUUCUUGAAGGCAAGCAAGGAAGGUCUCUGCCUGCUUUGGAGCUUAUGGGGCUUGGACGAUUGGCAAAAGAGAAAGCAAGAAUGCUUUCUAUGGGUCAACGAAAAAGGCUGCAGCUAGCAAGGCUGUUAGCAAUUGAUCGGCCAAUUUGGUUACUUGACGAGCCUUCAGUGGCAUUGGACGAUGAUGGGGUGAAAUUGCUAGAAUAUAUAAUUGCAGAGCACAGAAAGAAGGGAGGGAUCGUCAUUGUGGCCACUCAUCUGCCAAUUAAGAUUGACGAUGCAAUGAUCUUAAGAUUGCCGCCAAGGUUCCCAAGGAGGAUGACUUUAGUAGACAUGCUUGAUCGAGGUGGAUUAGAUUGAGGAUAUUGAUGUUCCUAAUCCAUACAUGUGAAAUGGUUUAUUGGAGAAACGUCAUGGAUCAAACAAAAAUCACAAGUAGGACUUCAGACAAAAUGAAGAUUCUUCAUUAAUUGUCACUGUAAGUUUAACAUUUAUGUACAGAGUUUGUGCUUGCUAAAAUUGCAUCCGCAUCUUUCAUUUAAAGAAAACGCAGUGAGACACAGGCAUCUUAUUCUAUAACGGUCUUUCUUUUGUUUCUGGUUCUAUUCUUUGGUGCAUGGCCUCUAAAUAACCAUCCUUGCAUGGACUAAUCAGAAAUCCAUCAUGCAACACUUUUGUUGCCUUCAUCCAACAUUUUGUUGUUCAUGUUGCAUGAUUUUAGUCUUCAAUCUAUAUGGCUUUGUGAUCAUGGCAAUAGCAUCUUUGAAUUCUUGUG